UCUCUCUCCUUUUGUCUCUUCUCUCGGCAACACUGAAACAAUCCUUUUCCUUGUUCCAACAAUCUAAACUUCCUCUAAAUCUCUCUUUCUCUCAAAACCAGUAUUAUAUCCAAAGUAAUCAUGUUUAUAUAUAAUCUCUUCUUCUCUUUCGAUUUCUCCAAUUCAACUAUACCCAAUCCUUCCUCUCGAUUUCUCCCAUUCUUCUUCUUAAUUCUUCCGACCCAGAAUGGAAUCUCACGGAAAAAACCAUCAGAAAGAUCUGGACGAUGACCUCUCUCUCAAACCCAUUACGUUGUCUAAGUAUUCGAACCGGGUUGAGUUAAAGACUCUGCUCGAACGGAGCGACCGCGGAGCAGGCUUGGUCGGGAAAAAAGUUGUGAUUGGCGGUUGGGUUAAGUCUUCUAGAGCGGUUAAGAAAGAUUCUCCUCCUCCUCCGCCUGUAGUUGUUGUCCCUUCGCCGUCGAGUGGUGGUGAUCAAUCUCAUACGACGGCCAACAUUAGGUGCACCGAGAUUAUUCAAUCCAAAAUGAGUAUUUUCAGGAGAUUUUUCGAUGUACUGAGCGGCGGUGGCAAGACUUAUCCAAUCUUCGAUAAGACGGAACUCUCCGGUCAGAAGGCCGCGCCACCUCCCGAGUAUGUUUUUUACUUCUUGAUCAGUGACGGCUCCUCUGUCUCCAGUCUACAGGUUGUUGUUGAUUCUGCAUUGUCGACUGUUCCAGCAACUCAGCUUAUGGCCCUAGGGACCUGCAUUGUAGCUGAAGGUGUCUUAAGACUACCAUUGGCUGCUUCUGCAAAACAUGUCAUUGAGCUUGAGGCAGAGAAGCUUCUUCAUGUUGGAACAGUGGAUCCAGAAAAGUAUCCACUCUCAAAGAAACAGCUUCCUCUGCAUAUGCUUAGAGACUACUCUCAUUUCAGGCCCCGCACAACUACGGUUGGGUCGGUAACUCGAGUACACAGUGCGCUAACCUUAGCGAGCCACACAUUCCUUCAAUACCAUGGGUUUCAGUAUGUUCAAGUACCAGUCAUCACAACCACUGGAUUUGGCGAAAUGUUUAGGGUCACUACUCUUUUAGGUAAAACUGAUAAUAAAGAGGAGAAGAAGCCUGCCAAAGAAAAAGAUGGAUUUAGCAUUGACACUGUAAAGGCUGCUAUAAAGGAAAAGACUAGGCUGAUUGAUCACCUCAAGAGAUCUGACAGCAACCGUGAAGCUGUGGUUGCUGCUGUAUACGACCUCAAGAAAACCAACGAUCUUGCAUCUCAGCUUGAGAUGAAACAAAAAUCCAAACCAGGAACUUUGGUCAAAUCUGAGAAGCUUGAUUUCUCGAAAGAUUUUUUUGGCCGCGACACUUAUCUGACUUCUUCUGGGAGGUUUCAUCUUGAGAGCUAUGCCUCUGCACUUGGAAAAGUUUAUACCUUUGGACCGCGAUUUGUAGCUGAUAAAAUUGACAAUGCAAGGCAUUUGGCAGAGAUGUGGAAUGUGGAAACCGAGAUGGCUUUCACUGAAUUGGAUGAUGCUAUGGAUUGUGCUGAUGAAUACUUCAAGUUCCUUUGCAAAUAUAUUCUGGAAAAUCGUCAUGAAGACAUGAAAUUCAUAUCGAAACGAGUUGACAAGACCAUCACCACACGUCUCGAAGCAACAGCGUCCAGCUCUCUUUUGAGAUUCUCCUAUACUGAAGCGAUUAGUCUUCUGCAAAAGGCAACCACUAGAAAAUUUGAAACCAAGCCUGAGUGGGGCGUUGCUUUAACAACAGAGCAUCUAAGUUAUCUUACUGAUGAGAUUUACAAAGGUCCUGUAAUUAUACAUAGCUAUCCGAGAUUAGCUAAACCUUUUUACGUGAGGUUGAAUGAUGAUAAGAAGACUGUAGCAGCAUUUGAUCUGGUCGUACCAAAGGUUGGUGUUGUGAUCACUGGGAGCCAAAACGAAGAACGUUUUGAGCUUUUGGAUGCGAGGAUUGGGGAAUUCGGAAUCGCGAGGGAGAAGUUCGAGUGGUACUUAGAUUUAAGGAGGCAUGGGACAGUGAAGCAGUCAGGAAUAAGCCUAAGCAUGGAACAUAUGCUUCUGUUUGCGACCGGACUUCCUGAUAUCAAAGACGCCAUUCCUUUCCCUAGAAGUUGGGGCAAUGCAAACAACUAAAUCAGCGUCAUGUACAAACUCAGUUACACUGUUAUGUAAUCUAUGUAACCAAACUUGGUGAAAUAAGAAAAGAAUUGUACAUACCAAAGUGUUCAUAAAUGAUCUGUGGAUUGUAUAGUUUGGAUGAAAAUGGUAAGUAAA